AUGACCCUCCAACUACCCAUUUUCCCGCUCGAAUACUUUCAAACGAGUCCUACGAAACGGUUCCUAUCAUUGAAGAAUAGCCCCGGCGUUCUGAACCCAGCAUAUAUCGACGAGAUUUUCCAAGAAUUGAAGCCUAUAAAGCCAGACAACUUAAUGGGAGAAUGGGACGGAUACAUUCUAUCAACCGGACACCCUUUUGAAAAUGAGCUUGAAGAGCUCAAUUGGUUCGGUAACACAUUCGACUCCAAAGACGAUGUUGCGCCUCUCAUUGUGGCGAAGAAUGGUGACCGAGUUCGUUUUGAAGACUGGGGACUCGCAUCGGUAAGAUACCUCCUUUAA